GCCACUGCUUCUUUCUCUCAGAACCCAGGAGCUGUCAGAGGGGGAGUACGCUGUGCCGCUGCAGCUCUCUGUGACCAACACCACUCACAACUAUGUGGUUUUACUGAACUAGCAAGACUGUUUUAAAGUUUCACCCCGCGCGGAAAGCACCGGGUCUCCAGCAGCCGGUGUUCAUGGUGAAAUGCUAUCUUAAGUUAUUGCUAAGCUAGCUGGCUUGUUAGCUUGAAGUUCGGGCCGUCUUGCUAACUAAUUGGCAUUUUUACGACACGAGAUUUGAACGAAACAAAGCAGAAAAAGAACCACAAAACAAUAGCGGACUGUGAAAUUCGUACAAACAAUGGAGUCGGCUAAUAUUUUUGAGAACACCAGCCCCGUUAGUAACGUUUUGAAAAGAAGGCCCGACGGGAUCCCCGGGCUUUCCUCGUUCUCUCUGCCCGAGCUGAGCUCGCACUGCAGGAAUCUGUUCUCCCCUGGACCCUCCACUGUGCUAUCUCCUGUCACCAACUUGGCUCUGGACAUGGACAAUUUAGCUGGACUCGGAAGUCAGUAUGAUACGCCGAAGAGGAGAAAGCAUGCGACCCUUGAAAAGGUUCCCUCCUUUGCCUCUGACGUCUCAUCUGAUGCUGGCCUUGGUAUGGAUCCCUCGAGUCCCAUGGAUGCUGUUGAAGUAGAUGACGCGUUUGAAAAAGCCAUUCAACAGUCGAGCCGUGUCAUCAGCGAGAGGGUACCAUUUAGAAGAAACAACUCAUUGCCACUCCAGCUCCUGGGUUUCAGUCCAUCUCUAAAGGGACAGGAACGGGACUCUCACCGCUAUGGGAUAUUCAGCCAGCAGCCCUGCACACAAAACACCGCCUCCUGUCAACAAGAGAACAAAGAGAACAUGCCAGAGGAGGGCUUUGAAUUCAAGAAACCAACCAAGCCCGUUUCGCGGUGUCGUGGGCGCUCCUUCAACGAAGGACAAUCAAAAGACGCGUUUGCCUGCCGCCCCAGCUCAGCGCCAGCCCUCAUGCUCUCCUCACCUCCCCUGAGCCAGCAGUUGGACUUUUUUGACUCCAGCCCCAUGUUCCUGAGACGCUUGUCCACAAACGACGAGGAUGACGACGACGGCUUUUUUGGAGUGCUGGAUGACGACAUGGAGAACGACUCUGGGAUGCCGAUGGGAAUGGCCAGCUUGCUCACUGCCCCGCUGGUGUCUGACAAUGCAGGAGAAGACUCUCCUGUGAUUCGCUGCCGGCCACGAAACCUGUUCCGCUCGCCCUCCCUGCCCAUGCCCAUGCCCAGCACCAGCCCCAGCCCGGUCUCCCGCCCCUCUGCGAAGCGCCCCGAUUGCCCCGGAGACGAGAACACACCGGCCAGAGUGAAGAGACGGCGCAGCGUGGCCGGAACGCACGUCACCACCCUGGAACAGAACCCUGAAUCGCCGCGAAUGAGCUGCUCGUUGCUCCAGAGGUCCAAGUCCUUCUGUCAGGUGGAGAUCGAGAAGGUGCUGGACGGUGAGGAAGGCUCUCAUGAGCUGAUCGGAGAUUUCACCAAGCCUUUUGUGUUAUCCACAGUGGACGGCAAACAUCAAGACCUCAAAUACAUUACCCCAGACGUUAUGGUGGCAGCUCUGAACGGACAGUUUAACCAUCUAGUCGAGCGAGUCAUCGUCAUCGACUGCCGCUAUCCCUACGAGUUUGAAGGGGGACACAUCAAGGAGGCGCUGAACCUGCACCAGGAGGAGCAGGUGGAGGAUUUCCUCCUCAAGACGCCCGUCAUCCCGUCCUGUCCGGAGAAGCGCGUCGUCAUCGUCUUCCACUGCGAGUUCUCGUCGGAGCGGGGCCCUCGGAUGUGCCGCUUCGUCCGCGAGCGAGACCGCGCCUUGAACGACUACCCCAAACUCCACUACCCCGAGCUCUACAUCCUCAAGGGCGGCUACAAAGACUUCUUCCCUCAUUUCCAGUCACAAUGUGAACCUCGGUCGUACCGGCCCAUGCACCACGAGGACUACAAAGAGGACCUCAGGAAGUUUCGCUUCAAGAGCCGCACCUGGGCCGGGGAGCGCAGCAAGAGAGAGAUGUACAGCCGACUGAAGAAGCUGUGAGCGCCUCCUUUUCUUCUUCUUCCUCCUCCUCUGUGAACGGACUGAGUAUGAAUUUCCUUCUGAGCCCGAGGCUUUUCCCGCCACCAGCAAGGAAACGAGUUUUUUUUGGUUUUUCAAGGAGUUUAUGAGCACCAAGUCGAGAGGGAUUUUAAGUUUCAUUUAACUAUUAUUUAUGCAAAUUCAGAGAGGUAAAGACAUGAAAUGAUGAACCCUGAAGACGUAGAAGAUGCUCUAAAGCGUUGUGAUCAUUUUUAAAGGCUUUUCCCUUUCACUGCCCGUUUGACCUUUUUGUCAUUUCGCUGCCAGAUUCCUAUACAACGACUAAACCACACUGCCUCGUCUGAAGUUUAUCUUUCAGUCUCCUCACUGAAUGCUUUCAUUUUAUUUGAUUUUUUCUGCAUUGGUCGUGUUCCACCUUAUUUUAGCACUUAAUUCAAAAACCUGAAAUGGUAAGGUGCUUCCCCCCCCCGUUUUGUUGAUGCUGCCUCUCCAGAAAGGUUUUAAUGUUCCCCAUUCAAGCUCACAUUUUACCAGACGACCCACAAAGCAAAUUUUAAUGUGAACUUAUUAAUGUAUGCAAUUGAAAACAAAGCUGUUUUCUUUCUCUCUGAUUGGUUCUAGUAUGUAAUGGUGUUUCUUUUUUGUUUACAUUUUAUCUGGGUCAGAAGAAACCAAAGCAAACAAAAACUACCUGUGAACUUUGCAGUGAGAUUUUUUUCCAGUGCUGCAGGUCGGCAAGUAUAAAAGGAUUUUUUAAUCUUUCCCAAAAAAAAAGUCUUUGUUUUGCUUUCGAUACCCUUUUUAAUGUUCAGAGAUGAAAAUGUCUUCACCUCUGUUCAGGCAAUAAUGUCCGUGUUGAAUACUUUGGUGCAGGCUCGUGGGGGGAGCUGUUGAAAUAAAGAUCCAAUGUGCAUUCAAA